AUGUCUCCGUUGAAAAAAUCAUUCCAUACCUCAAACCCAGACGCAGACACGGCCAUCGACAGAACCAUACCAGACUUCCCUGCGGCCCAGAUUCUGGAUGAAGACAAAUACUUCAAGAACCACAAACCCCCUUCUUACCUCCCGGAAAUCGAGAAGGAAGUAGCCAAUUUCGUCGAAUUUCACCAAAAUCAGUCUGGUAAGAACAUUGUCUUGGUGACAUCUGGAGGAACAACUGUACCAUUGGAAAACAACACCGUCAGAUUUAUCGAUAACUUUUCUGCUGGUACGAGAGGUGCCACUUCUGCCGAAUACUUUUUGGAAAAUGGAUAUGCCGUGAUUUUUUUGCAUAGAGAAUUCUCGUUAUUGCCCUAUUCCAGACACUACAGUCAUACUACCAACUGUUUCUUGGACUACAUGACCGAGGUUAACAAUAAGGUCGAAAUCAACCGUGAUUUCGCAGACGAAAUGUUGCUUGUUUUGAGAAAGUAUAAAGCUGCUAAGGAGUCCAAUUCCUUGAUCUUGAUUCCUUACACCACUGUAAAUCAGUACUUGUACACUUUAAAGCUGAUCAGUGAAAUCAUGGAAAGAUUGGAAUCCAAAGCCUUAUUCUACUUGGCAGCUGCUGUUUCGGACUUCUUCUUGCCGCAGUCAAAGAUGCCACAACAUAAGAUUCAGUCACAGGACCAUGGUGGAAAGUUGAUUAUCGAUUUGGAACAGGUGCCCAAGUUCUUGAGUAGACUCGUAGACAACUGGGCUCCCUCAGCAAUGGUGGUUUCAUUCAAAUUGGAGACCGACCACACCAUCUUGAUCAAGAAAGCAAUGAGUGCGUUGGAGAGAUAUCUGCAUCAACUUGUUAUCGGGAACUUGUUGCAGACGAGAAAGAAGGAGAUCGUGUUUGUCACACCAGACGGACACGAGGACUGGGUCAGAUUAACAGAUGAACAGUACGCCCAAAAAGAAGAAAUUGAAAAACUCAUCAUUCCGAAGGUCAUCAGUUACCACCAGCAAUGGAUAAACAGUCACAGUCUCAAAACUGAAUAG